AUGCUCAGAGUGUGGGCUGAUCAGCUGGCGGGCAUCUUCUCGGACAUCUUCAACCUGUACCUGUCCUUGGCUGCAGUACCCACCUGCUUUAAGGAGACACUGAAUCAACACAGUUGCAUUUUCUCUGUUACUACCACGCCUGUACCUGGAAUCAUGCGCAUGUUCAGACUGACGGUGGUCACAUUGGUGUGUAAUUCCUGUUUAUUUGUCCUGGCAGCAAUUAGCAUCACGUGUGAAGGCUCUGAUGCUUUACUGCAAUGUGAUGGAGGUAAGAUUCAAAUCAAGCGUGCCAACUAUGGUCGUCGUCAACACGAUGUGUGUUCCAUUGGGCGCCCCGAUAACCAACUCACCGACACCAACUGCCUCAGCCAAUCCACCACCAGCAAGAUGGCAGAAAGAUGCGGUGGGAAGAGCGAGUGUGUUGUGCCGGCAUCCAAUUUCGUUUUUGGAGACCCCUGUGUCGGGACUUACAAGUACCUGGACAUCAAAUACUCCUGUGUCCAACAGCAAGAAACAAUAAGCAGCAUCAUAUGUGAAGGCUCUGCUUCUCAACUACUAUGUGAUCGUGGUGAGAUCCAUAUUCAGCGUGCCAACUAUGGUCGUCGUCAACACGAUGUGUGUUCCAUUGGGCGCCCACAUAAACAACUCAAAAACACCAACUGCCUCAGCCCAUCCACCACCAGGACAAUGGCAGAAAGGUGUGACGGAGAGCGCCAGUGUAUCGUCAAGGUAUCCAACUCCGUGUUCGGCGACCCCUGUGUCGGAACCUAUAAGUACUUGGAUGUGGCUUACACCUGUUACUGA